UUAUCUAUGUAAAGAUGGCGGCCAGUCAGACAGUGGGUUCUACGGGGGGCUGCGGUGAACCUGAGGGGGGAGGGCCAGCUUCGAUUUCUCUGCACCCCUGUUUCCCUAAUGGCCCUCCCUGGGCCCUCGGUCCUGUCCUUCAGCACACUGGGCGCAGCCUGGAAAGAGCUCUGGAGGAGGCGGAGAGCUCGGGCAUCCUCAACCUGAAUGGGAGAAGACUAAGGAUCUUCCCAGAGAGCGGCCUGGAUCUGACAGACACCACCAGGGCAGAUCUCUCAAAAAACAGAUUUGUGGAGAUUCCACCAGAAGUUUGUAUGUUUGCACCGCUUGAAACCUUAAAUUUAUAUCAUAACUGCAUUAAGUGCAUUCCUGAAUCUAUUAAAAAUCUUCAAAUGUUAACUUACUUAAAUAUCAGUCGAAAUCUCUUAUCAACCUUGCCAAAAUACCUGUUUGACUUACCGCUGAAAGUUUUGGUCGUUAGCAAUAACAAAUUGGUUUCCAUUCCAGAAGAGGUUGGGAAAUUGAAAGAUUUAAUGGAGCUAGAUGUCAGCUGUAAUGAAAUACAAGUUCUUCCUCCACAAAUGGGUAAACUGCACUCACUAAGAGAACUGAACCUUAGACGAAAUAACCUCCAGGUUUUGCCAGAUGAACUAUCAUCCCUCCCUUUGGUUAAGCUGGAUUUUUCAUGUAAUAAAAUUACUGAAAUUCCUGUAAAUUACAGAAAACUCCAUCAUCUAGAAUUAAUAAUUUUGGAUAAUAAUCCUAUGCAGAUACCUCCAGCACAGAUUUGCCUGAAGGGAAAAGUGCACAUAUUUAAGUAUUUAAACAUUCAAGAUUGUUGCAGAAUAGAAAAGAAACCAGACUCUCUGGACUUGCCUUCUUUAGUAAAGAGAAUUACUUGCCAGCCGCUCACAGACAGCAUAGAGGACUUCUAUCCGAAUAAAAACCAUGGCCCUGACUCUGGGAUUGGUAGUGACAAUGGAGAUAAGCGCUUGUCAACUACUGAACCAUCAGAUGAUGAUACAGUAAGCCUUCAUUCUCAGGUAUCAGAAUCUACGAGAGACCCGGCACUGAAACAUGACAAUCACUUAAUAGGAAGCAAACCUGAUUCCCAUAAAGGCACUGAACAGGAACUUUAUGACUAUGAUCCCAGUGGAGAAGAUGCUGCUCUCUCAGAUCAAGGAGAUGUACAGCUUAGUGGCCCUUUUGUCUCUUAUAUUAAGGAACGGGGAAAGCUAAGUGAUAAAUCAGAGAAAGUAGAAGAAAAUGAAGAUUAUGAAGAAGAGAGGAGACUUCAGAAGGAACAAUUACUGGUUGAAGAGGAGGAAGAGGAUGAGUUAAAGGAAGUUACAGAUUUGAGGAAGAUUGCGGCACAACUACUCCAGCAAGAAAAGCACAACAGACGGAGGCCAUUAAGUUAUAGGACUUCAUUCAGUGAAAAGCUCUUCCAGAGGACAAGAGCAGCAGGACGUGCAUCAAGUGUUCCUUCAGGUGAUAAAUCACAGGUGUCAUCAUGUAAAUGGCAGGGAAUAGAAAAAGAUAGAGCUGACGAGCAAAGCUGGCCAGAAGCAGAGUCUGCAAUCUGGCAGACAGAGGAAAGGCGGAGGUCCAAGCAAACUAGGAAAGAGUAUUUCAAGUACAAAUCUUCCCGAAAGUGUUCAAGUGGAAAUGAGAAUGAUGAGCACAACAGUGAUAGUGCAAAUGUGUCACCGUCAUCUCCUGUGUCAUCUGAGGACUGUGAAAGAUCACACAGCAAUUCUCCCACUCCCUUUGGAUUGAAGCCUAGGUCAGCUUUCAGUCGCUCAUCUCGGCAAGAUUAUGGAGUGGCGGAUCCAGGAUUUACAAUGAGAAGGAAAAUGGAGCAUUUACGAGAAGAGAGAGAACAAAUAAAACAGCUACGUAAUAAUCUUGAAACCAGACUUAAAGUUAUUUUACCGGAAGAUAUUGGUGCAGCAUUAAUGGAUGGUGUGGUUUUAUGUCAUCUUGCCAAUCAUAUACGGCCUCGCUCUGUUGGCAGCAUCCAUGUUCCUUCACCAGCUGUGCCUAAACUUAGUAUGGCAAAAUGCAGACGAAAUGUUGAAAACUUCCUUGAUGCCUGUAAAAAACUUGGUGUUCCACAGGACAGACUCUGCCUGCCUCAUCAUAUUCUAGAAGAGAGAGGAUUGGUUAAAGUUGGUGUCACUGUACAGGCCCUGCUUGAACUUCCUUUACUGAAGGUGUCACAGCUUUCUUCCUUCUGACAUGGAAUGGAGACUUAAAAGUUGAUUUUACAUUGUGUUCUCAAGCCUCAGAUGUAAAAUCAUGUAAUUUGUAGCUGACCAUUAUAAAACAAUGGAAGUGAAAAAUAA